GCUAAACCCCCGCAAUGACAGCUCGAACCGCUCUUUCCGAAACGUCACCGGGCAACGGGCCUUUUCUACACUUCCGUUUCUCCAAAGCAAAACAGAGAAAUUUUAAGCAGCUAGCAGAAUGGCUCCCCGCAAGAACAAAACCGUAAAGGAAGAGGUCCAGGUCUCGCUGGGUCCCCAGGUCCGCGAGGGUGAAAUCGUCUUCGGAGUUGCCCACAUCUACGCCAGCUUCAACGACACCUUCGUCCAUGUCACCGAUCUGUCCGGCAAGGAAACCAUCUCCCGUGUCACCGGAGGAAUGAAGGUCAAGGCCGAUCGUGAUGAGGCUUCGCCCUACGCCGCUAUGUUGGCCGCUCAG